AUGGAGACGGAUAUAGAUCCUGCCUCGGCGGGUCACCAGGAGAUUCGUCUUCUCGUGGAUGAGGUUAUUGAAUCAUCCAAAAUACCCGCCAAAACACGCGCGACCAAUGUCAAGCCUACUAUUGCUAGCCUUACCUCACUCUCAUAUGAAUGGGGCCUUUUACCUGAGACCCUUGACGAUCUCAUCAUUCUCGUCACAACUCCAAAUCACCUUGACCAAGCAAGCCAAGCUGCUAUCAUCCGAAACCUGUAUCCCGUGGCACCUAUCUCUCGAAAGUCUGUUCUUCAAGUCAUCUCGUGCCUUGGACACGGAGCCCUCAAGCCAUCUCUUACUCUACAGGCUGCUCUUCUCAAGUGGCUCAUUACAGUGCACCACACUUUGGAGUCACCACAAACGCUUUCUCAAACCUACGCGGUUCUGUUUAAUCUUCUCGAUACCGCAGCCAUUCGACCUAACCUUAGCCACCUCCUGGCUCUCAUUACCAGACGCAAACAUGUUCAGCCUUUUAGAAUACAGGCCUUGCUCAGCCUUUCCCGGCAAACUGGACAUGAUCCGUCCUUGAUCGGCCUUCUAAGAGUUUUCAAAGACUAUUACCCCGAGGUUAUUCACCCCGAUCCACAAUGGCGAGCAAGGCUGGACGAAAUCCAGGAUGCACAUUUUCAUCAAACAGAAAAAGGCACAUUACGGCCUCGAGAUGGCUUCCGUGUCCACCGUCCUAUAGGGCGGAGUACUAAAAACAGAAUGAUCCCUGUAGUCCACACGUCUUAUGUGUCAGAGAAUGCGGUUACAUUAGAGGAAAUCGAGAAUGUUGCUGGGUUUGUCAAGAAUCUUGACAAGCUCGAACUCCCCAAUCAACUAGUGGCUGUUCUGGCAGAUCCUUUGUUGCAAAAGCUUAUGCUUCUGAGGCCAGACAGCGAAUCUGAACAGAGACGGGCCAACUGGCUCAAUGGGGUUCUGCAAGAUGUUCGUGACGGCGAUGCAGAUGAAGACACCUUAUUCGACAUGCUGGACAUCCUGCGGGAAUAUGUUGUAUCUAUCAAGAAUCUUCCUCCUCUCCUACUCGACUUCUUUGUACGCUUUCUUCCACUUUGGGAUGGCUCUGGACGUCGCGAUGCCAUGUUUGAGAUCUUAUCUUACUCCCCAUUACUGGACUUUAAAGAGCUGUACAAACACAUCUUCCAACCCCUUGAAGCUGCAACCCUUGAUAAUACCCCGGAGUCUCUGCUAGCGCUUCUCGCCCUGUAUAAGAACCUUCUUCACCACUGGACAGUCCUGCUUGAAUCUAGUGACACGGUACCAGACCAUGCCAGUGUUACUAUCACGGCCUUGGUGCGACACGUUAAUCCACUGGCCCUCACACUCUGCCAAACAUGUCCUUCUGUCUCAUCACGUUCUGCAAUUCUUGACUUCUAUGAGCAAAACGCCAGACUCGUUAGCCACCAGGUCCUCAAGCACUACAUUUGCAUCGAACUACCCCCUUCAUCCCUCAUCUACAUACUCUUCUUCAGCAGUUCUGCGGCCAUUGUCUCACGUAUGUGUGCUAUUCUUGCCUCUUAUAAGAAAGGCUUCGAGAUGGCCAUGCUCACCAGGCCGGAUCGUGAGAAAAGCAACCGCAUUGACUCCUCAUCAUAUAACAGGACUUUUGUCGGCCUUUUCAAUGGCUACCUUAUGGACAUGUGCAAUUGCUUUUGGCGUGGCAGGGCUUUUACUAACAGUGACCCCAACGCACUUGGAUGUAUGAUUCCGAGGAGCCUCGUGCCUGUUCUGUCGUCGUAUGUGACUUCUUUGGACGAAGCUCAAACUCUAGCAUCUCUCUUCUCAUUGUCACACUCCCCACUCCUGAGCCUACAAAGCAGACUAUGUAUUAGAAGUCUAGAGGAUGCCGAAGUCGAACGCGAUUCUUUGCGCAUCAGGCAUGAAGGACCGCCGACGCAGAGUAGCCUUGGGCAAUUGGCAAGUUCCGGGGGUUUACGCAUCUCGUGGCAGGAUUAUAGGGUCAAGGUGCUCGAGGCGCUGACUGCUAGAGAACUCGGCGGCAUUACAGAUCUUUUGAAGAACACGAUGACCGUUCUGAGAAAAGCAAUAGACGGCGAGGGCAGCUCCAGGCCAACCACAUCGCAGUCAUUUCAAUGA